UAACCACUCGGUGUGAAAGUGAAAAAUGACAUGCAGUAGAAUCCAGUAGAAACAUGGUAAAAUAGGCUUAUCAGUGCUUGACUUAAACUGAAAUAGGUACUCAUUUUGGAUGCUGGUACUGUUUAUAUUUAGGUGCAGGAGUUCCACAAUAAGUUUGAGCUAAUAUUCUACAAGAGGAACAGAAGCUCACCCAUUGGAAAUUUUGAGGUUCCGGUACACCGCUCUGCUGUGUGUGAUGUCACUGACCAGCAGAUGGGUCAGAGGGUGAUGACCCCGCUAGUGGAGGAGCCAGAGCCUGACCUCUUCACCCCUGCCUUCCCUCUCGCCAACUCUCCCGUGCCCCCAGAGCCACAGACUGAGGAGAGUGAGGCGGAGAAGAAGCCUCCUCGAUUCCAGCUCUCCUCCCUUAUCCCCCAGGAGAGGAUAGGCUACACCGCCCUCAUAGACAAGCUGGGUGGUGUGGUGCUGGACAAGCAGUGCUUUGACCCCAGCUGCUCCCACAUCAUUGUGGGGACCCCUCUGAGGAAUGAGAAGUACCUGGCAGCCAUGGCCGUGGGGAAGUGGAUCCUGCACCGCUCCUACCUGGAGGCAUGUCGCUCCGUGGGACACUUCAUCCAGGAGGAUGAGUAUGAUUGGGGCAGAAGCUCCAUCCUGAAUGUGCUACCAUCCUUCAGCUCCCAGCAGAAGAGGCUGGCGUUGGCCGCCAUGCGCUGGAGGAGGAACCUGCAGGACCGCAAUGACCAGGAGGGAUCAUUCAGCGGUUGGACCGUCAUGCUGAACAUCGACCAGACCAGAGAGUCAGGGUUUAGACGACUCCUGCAGUCUGGUGGAGCAAAGGUUCUCCCCAGGUCCUCUCCAUCUCUGUACAAGGGAACCACCCACCUGUUUGCAGAGUUCAGUCGGUUGAAGCCAGGAGACUUCCAGUUGGACGUGCCAGAGGCCAAAUGCCUAAAGCCAGAGUUCAUUGCAGACUACCUCAUCCAGGAGCCUAUUCCACCAAUAGAGAUGUACUAUCUGCCUGAAGCUGCCCGAUGUCUGCCAGCGGGCACAGAUGCCAGCCGCGCCACACCCUCCCGCAAGCGCAAAGCAUCAGGAGAUUCCACAAUGUUGAAGAAGACCUGCCUCAAGUAAAAACAUUGUCAUUUCGAGCUUUGGUGUCAACUAGUAAAUUCCAUCAUUUUAGAAAUGCCCCUGCAAGCCAUUAAUGAUAUGUCUGUAAAUAAGAUUUUUUUAUUAGUUGUAUGAAAAUAAAAUGUAUUUGACAAG